AUCCGUUUCCGUGGGCUUCAGAUCUCAAGAGCCACGCCCGUCAAGGAUGCCGUCUGGGGUGCACCAGCAGCAGCGGCAUGGAGAUACCCCCAGGGAAGACACUGGGCAGAACAUCGCUGCCGAGUCGGCGGUUCGGAGGCGCAACCUGCACCAAUACCCGCCGCUGCGGAAUCCCUAGGACGCUCCAGAGGCGCAGCACCACCGGCGCGACUUCGAUAUGGACGCAGUGCUACAGAAUGAGGAUAAGACCGGGUCGAACACAACCAUGAACAAUACAUAUAAACCCAGAUGACUGCCUCUCGCUCAUAUUUGGACUGUACACCCAGACAAGUCAGGAAUCUCAAGAAGCCAUCUGUGCCCUAUCUUACCAUUUAUUCACUACCUACCAGUAGUCACGAUGCCUCACUUUCACGAGUCAUCUUCGAGCUCCUCGGACGCUGGGCCCGAGUUUGACGCCCAGAGAGCUUAUCAGCGUAUCGUCAGUGAUGAGGAGUACGCUGCUUCUGUGUCUUCUGAGAUUCCCUUGAGUCAGCAACUGGAGCCUAUCGCGGUCGUCGGGAUGGGAUGUCGUCUUCCUGGCGACGUUAGUUCCCCAUCCGACUUUUGGAAGUUGAUGAUGGAGAAGAGGAGCGGCCAGACGCCCAAAGUCCCUUCAUCCAGGUUCAAUAUUGACGCACAUUUCCACUCAGACAAUGACCGCCCGGGAAGCUUCAGUGUCCUCGGAGGCUACUUUCUCAACGAGACUCUUCAAGAGUUCGAUCCGGCUUUCUUCGGCAUCACCCCCGUCGAGGCCACAUGGAUGGAUCCGCAACAACGAAAGCUUUUAGAGGUCGUAUACGAAGCUUUCGAGUCAGCCGGUCUCACUUUGGACCAACUAUCGGGCUCUGACACGGCUUGCUUCAUGGCAACAUUCACGGCGGAUUUCCAGCAAAUGUCGUUCAAAGAGCCCUCAUUCCGCCACAGUCUCGCCGCCACUGGCGUUGACCCCGGCAUUUUGAGCAACAGAGUCAGCCACGUCUUCAACCUCCGAGGUCCUAGCAUCGUCGUCAACACUGCCUGUUCCUCGUCCGUCUACGCCCUCCAUAACGCAUGCAACGCCCUGCGAACCCACGAGUGUUCGGCAGCCGUGGUCGGUGGCAGCAACUUGAUCCUGACUGUCGACCAGCACAUGAACACUGCCAAGCUGGGCGUGCUUUCGCCGACGUCGACUUGCCAUACGUUCAACAGCUAUGCGAACGGGUACGGCCGUGCAGAAGGGGUUGGGGCCAUUUACCUGAAGCGGUUGAGCGAUGCAGUCAGAGACGGCGAUCCCAUCCGCGGUGUCAUCAGGUCCAGCGCAACGAACAACAACGGAAAGGCACCAGCGGUGGGCAUCACAUACCCCGGGUUCGAUGGGCAGAGGAACGUCAUGAGGCAUGCGUACCAGCGCGGGGGUUUGAAUCCCAUGCUCACGGGAUACUUCGAGUGCCACGGGACGGGAACAGCCAUUGGCGAUCCGCUGGAAGUCCACGCCGUUUCUGACAUUAUGAAUGCCACCCGGACCGAAGCAGAUGGGCCCCUGCACAUCGGUGCCGUCAAGACGAAUAUCGGACACAGCGAGGCGGCCAGCGGGUUGUCUGCCGUCAUCAAGGCUAUUCUGACAGUAGAACGGGGCAUUAUUCCCCCCACCCGAGGGGUCACUGAUUUGAAUCCAAAGAUUGACUGGAAAGGUUGGCAGGUGCAUGUGCCUACGGACCCGACACCGUUUCCAAAGCAUCUGCCUGUCACGAGAGUCAGCGUCAACUCUUUUGGAUACGGCGGCACAAAUGCGCACACCAUCAUCGAGAGCCCCAAGUCCCUGCUCGUCGCACCGCAGAACUACAAGUACUCGAUGCCAGGGGCCACCACCAAGGGCAAAUUGGCGCGCGGAGCAGUGAACCGCAACAGACCGUAUCUGUUGGCGUUUUCUGCACACGAGAUGGGGGCUUUGAAGAGAAACAUUGCUGCCCACGGUAGUGUUGCUACGGAUUACAGCCUGCUUGACCUGUCGUAUACCCUCGCCAACCAUCGCACUCGCUUCCAAAGCAAAGGCGUCGCGGUCACGACGCCAGCGACCCUGAAAGGGACUUUCACCAACAGCCUCGGCAACUUUCUUCUUUCCGAUAAGAAAGAGACGGCUCGUACCCUUGGGUUUGUCUUCACAGGACAGGGCGCGCAGUGGGCGCGGAUGAGUGCGCAGCUGAUGACAUACUACCCGACCUUUCUCUCGGCGAUUCGGCGCAUGGACAUGGUGCUCGAGGAUCUCGACGACGGCCCGUCCUGGACCCUGGAAGAGGUCCUCCUCGAGGACCCGGCCGUCUCCCGCGUCAGCCAGGCCGAAUUUUCUCAGCCGUUAUGCACCGCAAUCCAAGUUGCGCUCGUCCAGCUCCUUCAACUCUGGGGAAUCAAACCUUUAGUAACCCUCGGUCACUCGUCUGGCGAGAUCGGCGCUGCAUUUGCCGCUGGCUAUUUGUCCGAGGCCGAGGCUAUUCUAACGGCAUACUACCGCGGGCAAGUUGUCAAAGAGAUCGAUUCAGCCGGCGCCAUGAUGGCUGUCGGUCUCGGCGCAGAGGCUGUGGCCCCUUAUCUAGAAGCCUACUCGGCCAAGGUCGUCAUCGCCUGUCACAACUCACCAUCUGGUGUCACUUUGAGCGGCGAUGCCGACGCCUUGAAGGAGAUCGAAGGGGCCCUACAGGCCGAAGGUGUCUUUGCCCGCCUCGUCAAGACCAACGGCAAGGCAUACCACUCACGUCACAUGCUCCCAGCUGUGGAGAGAUACGAAGCCCUUAUCCGGAAAGCAAGCCAGAACAGUCUCGCAAAGGUUGUAUCUGGGAAGGCCAAGAUGGUGUCUUCAGUCACCAACUCUGUGUUGCCUGAGGAUGCGGUGCUCGACGAGAAGUACUGGAGUGCCAAUCUCGUCAGUCCGGUGCUUUUCAACCAAGCCGUGCAGACGGCCCUUACGGACAAGUGUCUGCCCAAGAUCGACAUCUUGAUCGAGGUUGGACCUCACUCGGCUCUCUCGGGGCCGAUCAGGCAAAUCAAGGCCGAGCUCAAGGCCGAAAGUCUGCAAUACUUGCCAAGUCUCGUCCGCGGUUCUCGAUGCGCCGAGCAGAUGCUCAAGCUGGCUGGCGAGUUGUUCUUGCGCAAUUACCCCCUUGAUCUCACGAGAGUCACGGCAAUCGAGGAGCUGUACCCGUCCGGGAAGAUCGUCCCGCGAAGAGGUGACCUCAUUGUGGACUUGCCGCCGUAUCAAUGGGACAAGACCAAAAAGUUCUGGGCCGAGUCCCGCGAGAGCAAAGAGCAUCGCUCCCCACGUUUCCCACGACACGACGUCUUGGGCCAGCUGACUGUCGGCGGCUCCUUGGCCGAGCCGACGUGGCGCAACGUCCUCCGUAUCAGGGACCUCCCUUGGCUCCUGGAUCACUCGCUAGGUGGAGAGGCGGUUUUCCCUGCGGCUGGAUAUCUCUCCAUGGCCAUGGAGGCCGUGACUCAGAUCAAUGAAGUGUCGGAAAGCCCAGCUGACAUCGACUCCUACAUCUUUAGAGACGUCUCCAUUCAGCAAGCACUAGUUACCCCCGACGACGACAACGGCAUUGAGGUCUUGUUGAAUAUGCGCCCGGCAAAGCUGGGCACUGACGAGGCCGGCAAGCAGUGGUGGGACUUCAACGUCUCAUCCGUUUCGUCCGAAGGGCACCGCAAGAAUCACAUGGCAGGAAGAAUCAGCAUCAACGCGAACAAGCGCAGGCCCGUCGCCAAGCAGAUACCCAAUCUGCCGCAGCGUGCCUCCGGCAAGCUCUGGAAUCAAGCGCUGAAGCGGGUCGGGUUCAACUACGGCCCGACCUUUCAAGACAUGAAUAACAUCACCUUUGACGGGGUGACGUAUUGCGCGCAAGCCGAGACCAAGGUCAAGACCGCCGUGAUGAAGGACGAGUCCCGCCACGUCCUCCACCCAGCCAUCUUGGACUCGUGCUUGCAGCUCAUGAUCGUCGCCAUCUGGGCCGGACGCGCCGGCGCCAUGAAGUUUGGAGCCGUGCCCGUCAGCGCCGAGGAAAUCGUCAUUUGGAAGCCCGCGACAGCCCAGCUGACUGGUGAUGCCGGCGCCACCGCAUUCUCCUGGAUAGACCCACGCGGCCAGAGGCUGUUCAAUGCCCACAACCAACUCGUCGCAGGCGACGGGCAGGUCUUGAUGGAGAUCAACAGCAUGCGCUGCACUGCGUACGAAGCCGCGAUCCCGCAGCGUCUGGAAGAGCCGAUGUUGCCGAGGCCCUAUUCCCAGAUCAUCUCCAAGCCGGAUGUGGCGUGGAUGCGUGGUGACCAGAAGCAGCUCGACGUCGUCGACUUCGUUGAGUCGGCCGAGUUCAAGACCCCCGGCCUUCGAGUUCUGAUCACGGACGCGGCUGAUGCCGGGUCUCUCAUGGCCAGAUUGCCUGAGCUGAAUUUGACCGUUCUUACCAGCUCCAGCGAGCUCGAGACCGAAUCCGAGUUGAGCAAGUUCAAGCAUGUCUCCUUUGAGCCGCUUGACUGGACAGCCACCCCGGCGGCUCAGUCUUUCGAAAAGAUGAAACACUCGUUUGACCUCGUCAUUGCUCUCAACACGACCCCCCAUGCACUGCGGCAUAUUCCCGAGCUCUUGGCCGGAGGAGGUCUGGCUAUCUUGAGAGAAGACGAAUCCCUCACUGAUCAAAGUUUGAAUGAAGCCGGGCUCUCCGGUCGCGAUGCAUCCCUGAAAGACGGUGCGUUUGUCACUUCGACUAUCAAGCAUGUCGACGGGUCUCCAUCAACGCCAGUUCACCUGGUGUGCGGUUCAACUGCCUCAGAACACGUCGCCCGAAUGCAGGCUCACCUCGAGGGCCUCGGCUUCAACGUCGAGUGUCUCAGGCUAGGGGAGCCAUGCCCGCCCGGUGCCAACGUCAUCAUGUUGGCCGAUCUUGAGCGUCCUCUCGUGGCAACCAUGUCAGAGUCGGAGUUUAUUCAUUUGCAAAAGACUCUGAUCGAUGCCGCAAACAUUCUGUGGGUGUCCUGCGGUGGCCUCUCGGUGGACAGCCUGAGCCCCGAGUCCGCAAUGACACAGGGGCUCCUGCGUUCACUGCGAUCUGAAAGAGCCUCCCUCAAGGCAACGCUCGUCGACUUCGCUCCCAGCGAUCUUGACUCCGAUGGCUUUAUUUCCAUAGUAUCGUCUCUGUCCACCGCCCUAUUCGGCAAUGAGCGACAGCUCGACACCGAAUACCUUGCGCGCGACGGCCAGCUACUCAUCAGCCGCCUCGUCCCGUCGGAUCGGGUUAACGAAACAUACGGCAACGCCGGCGGGGAGACGCGGCCGCAGUCCUUUGAUGCCGAGGCCAGACUUGUAGGCAAGAUCGAGGCCGGUAGAGUGGUCUUCCAAACCGAUGACUCGGAUGUGGAGCACUUGGAGCCGGAUGAGGUUGAGUUCCGUGCAUUGGUGACGGGCCUGAACAGCGAGGACCAGGCCGUUAUAUCGGGCGCCUCCUUUGAGACCGACUUCAGCCACGAAGCUUCAGGCGUUGUCACCAGAGUCGGCGCCGCCGUCACGAAAGUCUCUCAGGGAGAUUGCAUUGUCGCCUUCAGCUCGGACGUGUUCUCCAACUACCAGCGCGUCCAAGAGUGCUUGGUGCAGAAACUCGACCGGACAGAGACCCCUUCCACUAUGGCCAGCCUCCCUAUGCAUUACGGCGCUGCCCUCUACGGACUCCAGACCCUGGCAGGGCUUCAAGCCGAGGAGUCGGUUCUGAUUCUUCCCGGAGCGGGGCUCAUCGGGGCGGCUGUCAUCCGGACCGCCCAGGCACUCGGCGGUAUUCCGUACGUCGCUGUGCGUGACUCGGCCGAAGCGGAGGACGUGUCGACAACUUUUGCACUCCCGAAGGAUCAGGUUAUACUCGACCACAUCCCCGCGGCGCUGCUUGGUCUAGAUAUCAACGUGGUGUUCUCAAGCGGCUCGGUCGACCCAGCCACAGCACGAGAGGCAUGGAGGAACCUGCCGGCCUUCUCGCGGUUUGUUAGCUGCGGCGCCCCCGCCGGAACCACGUCCCUCGACCACGUCCCAGCGGCUCGCGGUGCGAGCUACCUGUCCUUCAACCCUGUGAGCCUCUUCAAGAAGCCCCACGUACUCGGCCAGCUGCUCGAGAGGACGGUUGCGCUCUUCCGUCAGGGCUCCAUCCCUGCGCCGCCGCUGGCCAUCCGCAACAUCGCCGAACUCAACGAGUGUGCUGCCUCCUCCCCCGAUUCCCUUUGCGGGCCGAAGACGGUCAUCUCGCACGAGAAAGGCGACGGCACCGUGGAUGUUGUCCGCGCCCGCCCGCACCUGCGUCUCGACCCGGGCGCCACGUACCUCCUCGUCGGAUGUCUCGGUGGUCUUGGCCGAAGCCUCACAUCGUGGAUGAUGAAGCGCGGGGCACGCGGCUUCGCGUUUCUGUCGAGGUCUGGAACGGACUCGAGGCAGGCCGCCAUCUUGGUCAAGGACCUGGAGGCGCGAGGUGCGCAUGUCCAGGUUUUCAGGGGAGAUGCGGCCGUCAAGGAAGACGUGGAGAAAGCGGUCGGCUCGGUCCCGCUCGAUCGGCCAAUUCGCGGUGUCGUCAACGCCGCCAUGGUCUUACGGGAUGGCCUGUUCCAGAACAUGCCCUAUGAUAGCUGGACGACGUCCAUCCGGCCAAAAGUCCUCGGCAGCAAGAACCUACACGAAGCGACUGCUGACCUCCCCCUGGACUUCUUCCUCAUGACGAGUUCGGUGUCCGGCGUCCUCGGGACGCCGGCCCAAGCCAACUACGCCGCAGCCAACUCUUACAUGGACGCGCUGGCUCGUCUGCGCCGCUCCCAGGGCAAACCUGCGUGCGCCGUGAUCCUUCCCAUGGUCCUGGGAGUCGGCGUCGUGGCCCAGAACCUCGAGAUAGAAGACUCUCUGAAGCGCAUGGGCAUGUACGGCAUCGAGGAGGAGGCGCUUCUGGACUCGUUCGAGGUCGCCAUCCUGGAGCAGCAGCAGCAGCAGUGUGGGGGAGAAGGCCAGAAGGCCGCCGGGCCCGACCACCUCGUCGUCGGCCUCGACCCCGCAGAGCUGUACAAGGCAAGCCGCGAGGCCGGGGGCGACGUGGAGGCCUUCUGGGCCGCGGACCCACGCUUUUCGGCGCUCGUGCACGCCAUGCAGGUCUGCGGCGGCGGGAGCCAAGGAGGAGCCGACGAGGCGGGCUCGAUCCUGACGCGGAUCAAAGCCGCCGGGGAGGAGUCGGCAGCCAAAGCGGUCGGCCUCGUCCGCGACCACUUCGUGGCCAAGCUGGCCCGCAUACUCUUGGUCGACGAGGCAGAGUUCGAGGAGGACAGCGGGCGGUCCAUUGCGAGCUACGGAAUCGACAGCAUGAUUGGCGCGGAGCUGCGCAACUGGAUCUUCAAAGAGCUGGCGCUGGACAUCGCCUUCCAGCAGCUCCUGAGCCCGUCGCUGACCAUCACCAAGUUUGCUGAGCUGGUGUGCGUCACGCAGGGCAUCGUUCAGGAGUAGGGAGUCGAUAGAUUAUGGUUUCUUUGGUCGCAGCAGCAGCAGCAGCGGCAGUACGAGGACGGCUGAUAUUUCUUUCAUUACUCUCUUCCGGACGCAUCUCGUGACAUUUUAUUCCUUUUUCCACUAGCAAUCUGGAAAUUUAUGCGGUGGAAACAGAGCCGAGAAGACCUCUGCAUUCUGUCAACGGAGUUUCGUAGUCAGCGGUUGCGGCUU